CGAUAUUUGUUUGUUUUUCUUUUAUUAACAACAAAACAGGUCGUCUGCUACAAAUCAGGAAAACAUUUUUAAAACGUGACAGUUAUUUUACCACUAUGGCUGUGAAUUUCAAUGUUAUGUUUUGUCGGCAUCCGCGCCGGGUGUCAGAUUUUUUGAGGUUUCAAAGAAGAUUCAAACAUAAGAAUACUCACUGGUCUGUCAUUGCAAAGAGGAAAUCACCGAAAGAUAAAGCAUUAGAACAUUUUGAUGAUUUUUACAAGUCUAUUUAUGGGAAACAAUGGCCAUCAAUUCGGAUUGGUCUGUUGUCUCCUCACAAAUAUUGUGCAGUCAUUAACAACUUUGGAGAUACUGAAACAACUGUGGAAGACCUACAGAAUCAAGGAGCAAUAAACAUAAGAAGACUGUUUGAAAUUGAGGCUGAAAGAAUUAAAGCAAAAAAAUCUGAAACCACAAAACGGAGGCGGUUGGAAAGAGUUUUUGAAAUGGAUAGGAAGAUGGAAAAGGAUAUAUCUUCAAAACAAGAACAGUUGGCAUCAUCAAACCAAGUGGGAGAUCAUACUGGAGCUAAAAAUGCAGACUCAGCUUAUGACAAAGAACGGCACCAAAUUGAUAAUCUACGCAUUAUUGAUCCCUCAAUUGGACUGUCAGCUGGUGCGCUCCAGGAAUUUGUCCCUGCUACCCAACUGAAGGGACUGGAUGACUAUGUUCCUGAAUCGCAACAUUACAAUUACUAUAAGGAUGCUUCUGACUUUCCAGUUGUGAUUAAAAGUGAAGAAUCUCUCAAUUUUCCUAAAUACUUGAAUGUAUUCACUUUUGAAAGAGGAAAUGUAAUGCCAUUUCCAGAACCAAAAACUGGAUCAACUGGAGUUUUAAACUACUUUUUGCUUAAUGGGUCAUCCCUGCUGCCCAUUUUGGCACUUGGUGUGGAGCCUGGUGAUGCAGUGCUGGACAUGUGUGCAGCACCGGGUGGGAAGUCUUACAUGAUACUGCAGACGCUUCAUCCUAAGUAUCUCGUUUGUAAUGAUAUUCAGCACUCAAGAGUCAGAAGAAUUAAGUCAAUGUUCAAACAGUAUCUAUAUGACUUUGAGAAAUGGGAAAAACAAAUCAUAAUUACUGAAGGUGAUGGAAGUGCAAUUGGUGAAGAAGACUUGUAUGACAAAAUUUUGGUUGAUGUCCCUUGCACAACUGACAGACAUAGUGUUACUGAGAAUGACAACAAUAUAUUUAAACCAACAAGAGUGAAGGAACGACUCCGGCUUCCUGAGCUCCAAGCAAAGCUUUUAAGCAAUGCCUUGAGAAUGGUGAGAGUUGGUGGGUCUGUGGUUUAUGCAACAUGCAGCUUGUCUCCAAUCCAGAAUGAUGGUGUUGUACACAUGGCUUUGAGAAAGAUCUGGGAAGAGACCAAAGUGCAGGUGGAAAUCAGAGAUCUGACGUCAGCCCUGGAUUCUGCUAGAAGCAUUUUCCGUUUCAGCCACAGAAAUGGUUCGCGUUAUGGUCAUCUUGUUCUGCCAUUCCUACCAUCUAACUUUGGGCCACUGUAUUUCUGCAAAUUCAUGAGGACUGCAUGAAGCAUAAUAAUUAGCUGUGAAUAUUUUGUUAACAAAUAUUGUUUAUUAUUGCAAAGUGUUAUUUGCACAUACACAUCACUUGUACACAUUUCCACAAUAUUAAAUACAAUGUAACUUUAAAUAAAAUUAUCACAAAAUAGGAAUAAAG